AUGCCCCAGGAAGACUCACCGACUAAGACCUCCGCGGAGGAAUCUUUUCUCUCGCAACCGAACUCUGAUGCCCAAGGCCAACUCACUGCGGCUGUCGAUGAACUCCUCGACCAACUGCAAGGCAAAUUUGAUAAUGUCUCCAAGGAAAUGUUCAGCAAACUGGAUGACAUGACUCGCCGCCUAGAUGAAUUGGAGGCCUCUCUGUCCGCCACUGGGAGCGAUGCGGCCUCAGCCACUACUACGUAG